CCUUAGGAAAGAUUGUUGUGUUGGUAGUGUAUGUUGAUGACAUCAUCCUAUCAGGGGGAUGACACGGCAGAAAUUGCUAAGCUAAAACAAAGGAUGACAAGUGAAUUUGAAAUCAAGGAUCUUGGUAGUUUCAGGUAUUUUCUAGGGAUGGAAAUGGCAAGAUCAAAAGCAGGAAUAUCUGUAUCUCAGCGGAAGUACACUCUGGACUUGUUAAAGGAAAUAGGAAUGACUGGAUGCAAACCUAUUGACACUCCUAUUGAGGUCAAUAGCAAACUGAAAAGUAUUUUGGAAGGAGUUCCUGUGAAUAAGGAGAGGUAUCAACGCUUAGUAGGAAAACUGAUUUACUUGUCUCAUACUAGGCCCGACAUCUCCUAUGCUGUGAGUGUAGUAAGUCAGUUCAUGCAGAGUCCAUAUGAGGAGCACGUGGAAGUUGUGACUCGAAUUUUGAGAUAUCUAAAGUCCACCCCUGGGAAGGGCUUGGUGUUCAGGAAACAUGACACACGGAGCAUCGAGGCAUAUACUGACUCAGAUUGGGCCGCAUCUGUGAUUGAUAGAAGGUCAACCUCAGGGUACUUACCUUUGUAUGGGGAAAUUUGGUAACUUGGCGGAGUAAAAAACAGGGUGUAGUGGCCAGAAGUAGUGUUGAGGCAGAGUAUAGAGCUAUGAAUCUGGGAGUGUGUGAAGAAAUCUGGUUGCAGAAAGUUUUAUCUGAUCUUCACGAGAGUAGUUCGGGGCCCAUGAAGCUAUAUUGUGAUAAUAAGGCUGCCAUCAGUAUUGCGAAUAAUCCCGUGCAACAUGAUAGAACCAAACAUGUGGAAAUUGACAGGCACUUUAUUAAAGAAAAGUUAGACCGCAGAGCUAUUUGUAUUCCCUAUGUACCUUCAGUCCAACAAAUUGCAGAUGUUUUUCGAAAGGGUUAUCAAGACAGACGUUUGAAGCUUGUAUUAAGCAAGUUGGGUCUUGCCGAUAUCUAUGCCCCAACUUGAGGGGGAGUGUUGAAAUACGUUGAAUUAACCCUAAGGGCAUUUUUGUAAUUUAUGCUAUAUUUGCUAAAUUAGAGUUU